AUGAACACCACCAAACCAGUCGACGCCGCCUUCGCCAAAUCCCUCCCCAAGAUCGAGCUCCACGCUCACCUCAGCGGCAGCGUAAGCCGCCAAUGUCUGCACGAACUAUGGCUCCAAAAGCGUGCCGCAGACCCAACGUUUGACAUCCCAGAUCCCUGGGUCGUGAUGCCGCCGGGCAAGGUCGACUACACACUUGAUACAUUCUUCAACACCUUCGGCACAUUCACCUACCACCUCCUCACCGACCUGUCUUCAAUAACAUACGCCACAACCUCCGUCCUAACCAACUUCCACGCCGACGGCAUCAAGUACCUCGAGCUCCGCACCAUCCCCCGUCCCAGCCCCCACUUCACCCAAGAAGCCUACAUAACAACCAUCCUCUCCACCAUAACCGCAUUCACGGAACACCACCCGGACCUAACAGCCCGGCUCAUCCUCUCCCUCGACCGCGGCGAGCACACCCCCACCGACGCCGACGCCAUCGUCAAUUUAGCCAUUGCCCACAAGCCGCUCGUCGUGGGGGUCGACAUCGCCGGGAACCCGAGUAAAGGGGAUAUGGCGACGUUUGGGCCCGCGCUGGCGAAGGCCAAGGCGGCCGGGUUGGGCGUUACGGUGCAUUUUGCGGAGGUGAAGACGCCGGCGAGGGAGGGGGAGCUGGAGACGAUCCUGGGGUUUGGGCCGGAUCGGUUGGGGCAUGCUAUCCAUGUGCCGGAGGAGCUGAGGGGGGAGAUCGUUCGGCGGAGGCUGGGGUUGGAGCUGUGUAUGAGUUGUAAUGUUCAUGCGAAGCUGUUUGAGGGCGGAUUUCUGGAGCAUCAUUUUAGGGAGUGGUGGAGAGUUGAGGAGUGUCCGGUUGUGCUUUGUACGGAUGAUGUGGGCUUCUUUUGUAGUCCUGUGUCGAAUGAGUAUCUGCUUGCCGCGGAGCAUUUCGAUCUCACUCGUGCGGAUGUCAUGGAUAUAGCACGGAGAGCGGUUAGGGUGAUCUUUGGAGGCGAGGACGAGAAGAAGCGGCUUUAUAGACUAUUAGAUGAGUUUGAGGCCGGUUAUAGAGCGUGA